UGCCGUUCGAUGUGUGGAACGAGGUUGGGGGUUACGAUUAUAUGAUUCUUCCUGGAAAUAUCAAAAUGAAAUUCAUCUGCAGAUGAACUAGUCCCCGUGUUUCGGUUAAUUAUUCAAGACUCCUAGGGUUUGUGGUACAUACAUGCUCGACCCUCUGUGGAUUUAUUUUAAUGAAUAUCAAAUUGCUGAGAGUGACAAGAGGUUCGAGAUAGAUCGUGAAAAUGAAGCAAAUUUUGAGUGGAAACUUUGGACACAGCAUUUUGCUGAUAUCCAAAAGCUCUCGUCACCCGAUAUCUGUGAUCACAACGAGAAACUUGAUGUCUGGAAAAUUGAGUAGAUUUUACAGACCUCUGCUAUGUACCCCCCAAUCCCGAUAUUUCAUCAAUCCAAAUCGUGGAUAUGCGAUGAUAGUGGGUCGAGUGCUGAGGGGAGUCCUCAAGAUUCGGUAUUUAUUGCUGGGGGGUGCUGUUGGGGGUGGUGUGACCCUUCAGAAGAAAUAUGAGCAAUGGAAGGAGGGUCUGCCAGGGCUCGAGUGGAUGGACAAUGUCAUGCCAACUGAGCAGCAGUGGCAGAACUUCAGGGGAUCGUUGAUAGAUAUUAAGAAUACUCUCGCUGAUAAAAUAGAAAUUGAUCCUCGAAUAAAGGAAUACAGUGAAGCCAAAUAUCGAGAAUACAAAUACUGGUUCAAUCAGAGAUUAGAGGACGCAAUUAAGGCAGCUGAGACUCAAAGAUUAGAGGAGCAAAAUGGGGAUACGUUGUCGAGUAUAUUCGAUGCACUCAGAGCCAUAGCAAACCAAGUGUAUUCAGAUACAAAAAAGGAGUUGGCGAAGAGUUCAGUGGCAUAUGCAAGACCCUUGAGCAGUGAUUACGACGAUGAUCGGAAAAAAGCUCAAUCUUCGCAACAGAGGAUGGACGCAAUGCAGGAUGAACUGAUGCAGAUGCAAUUGAAGUAUCAACGUGAACUGGAGAGACUUGAACGUGAGAAUAAAGAAUUGAGGAAGCAAAUGCUGCUGAAAGGAAAUCAGAAGAUCAAUAGUCGAAAAAUUAAGAAAUCUCUUAUAGACAUGUACAGUGACGUUCUGGACGAGUUGAAUGAUUAUGACAGUGCUUACUCGACAGCUGAUCAUCUACCAAGAGUUGUGGUGGUGGGUGAUCAGAGUUCUGGGAAGACUUCUGUACUGGAGAUGAUUGCCCAAGCAAGGAUAUUCCCAAGGGGUGGUGGUGAAAUGAUGACGAGGGCGCCCGUGAAAGUGACCCUCAGCGAGGGUCCCUACCACAUCGCUCAGUUCAAAGACAGCUCUCGAGAGUUCGACCUCACGAAAGAAUCCGAAUUAGCAGAAUUGAGGCGUGAAGUUGAGCUGAGAAUGAAGAACAGCGUGAAGAAUGGGAAGACAGUCAGUCAGGACGUGAUAUCGAUGACGGUCAAGGGCCCUGGACUCCAGCGAAUGGUUCUCGUUGAUCUCCCUGGGAUCAUCAGCACUGUUACUGUUGACAUGGCUGAGGACACCAGGGAUGCUAUUCGUCAGAUGACCCAGCAGUACAUGAGCAAUCCAAAUGCCAUUAUUUUGUGCAUUCAGGAUGGUUCUGUGGACGCUGAGAGGAGCAAUGUCACUGAUCUUGUUGCGCAGAUGGAUCCUACUGGAAAAAGAACUAUUUUUGUUCUCACGAAGGUGGACAUGGUAGAGGAGAACCUCACGAAUCCGGACCGGGUCCGUAAGAUCCUCUCAGGCAAGCUCUUCCCCAUGAAGGCCCUGGGCUACUUCGCAGUGGUGACAGGCCGAGGUCGUGCGGACGACAGUAUCCAAACGAUAAAAGACUACGAGGAGAAGUUCUUCAGGAACUCAAAGCUCUUCAAGGACGGGGUCGUCAUGUCGGGACAAGUGACCACCCGAAACCUGAGCCUGGCAGUGUCCGAGUGCUUCUGGAAGAUGGUCCGCGAGACGGUCGAGCAGCAGGCAGACGCCUUCAAGGCGACCAGGUUCAACCUCGAAACCGAGUGGAAGAACAACUUUCCCAGAUUACGAGAGCUGGACAGGGACGAGCUCUUCGAGAAAGCCCGCGGGGAAAUCCUGGACGAAAUAGUGAAUCUGUCUCAACUGUCCCCAAGACAUUGGGAGGAAGUCCUGAUGACCAGAAUCUGGGAGAAGGUGUCCAUGCACGUCUUCGAGAACAUCUACCUGCCAGCUGCUCAAACCGGAGACACUGGGACCUUCAACACAGCAGUGGACAUAAAAUUGAAACAGUGGGCUGAGCAGCAACUGCCAGCAAAGAGCGUCGAGAGUGGCUGGGAGUGCCUGAAGCACGAGUUCGAGAAUUUCAUGAGCACGGCGAAGCAGAGUUCAGAUCACGACGACAUUUUCGAUAACCUCAAGAAUGCUGUUGUCAAUGAGGCGAUCCAGAGGCACUCGUGGGAGGAGAAGGCGUCCCAGAUGCUGAGGGUCAUUCAGCUCAACACCCUGGAGGACAGGAAUGUCAAUGACAAGAGGGACUGGGACGAGGCUGUCAGGUUUCUCGAGACUUCUGUCAAAGACAAGCUCCAGAGCACUGAGAAAUUACUGUACGAGAUGCUGGGGCCCAGCAGGAGGGAGAGGAUCUUCUACUGGAUGAGUCAGACUGAGGAGCAGGCGAGACGAUCGGCUGUUAAAAACGAACUCGAUAAGAUUCUUUACUCUGACAAGAGGCAUGCACCGAUGCUCACGCAGGACGAAUUGACCACUGUGAGGAAGAAUCUUCAGAGGAGUGGGCACGAUGUUGAUAAUGAGUUUGUGAGGUCCACUUGGCAUCCGGUUUACAGGAGGUUCUUCCUCCAGCAGAGCUUGACCAGGGCGUAUGACUGCAAGAAGGCUUUUUACAUGUAUCAUAAUGGACAUGAGAAUGAAACUGAGUGCAGCGAUGUCGUGCUGUUCUGGAGGAUUCAGCAGAUGCUGAAGGUCACUUCGAAGGCUUUGAGACAGCAGAUUAUGAAUAGGGAGGCCAGGAGGCUCGACAAGGAGAUCAAGGAGGUGCUGGAGGAUUAUAGCCAGGAUAGUGAGAUCAAGAGGAAAUUGCUGACCGGGAGGAGGGUGGAGCUUGCUGAGGAACUGAAACGCGUAAGACAAAUUCAGGAGAAACUGGAAGAAUUCAUUCAAGCACUAAACAAGGAAAAAUGAGUGGAUUAACGCCGAAACUCCGAGACAUUUAUCAUAUAAUAACGCCAAUGUACAGCGAUCCUGGUGAUCGACGGCUUUAACACCGAUUUAUUUCAAUAAGUGAUGACCGAAGCAGAAGAGGGGCGAUGAUGGACUACCGUUGAACUGUACCCCUGGGUCCCUCCCUCGAUGAUCACAUUGUUUGAUGCUACUGAACAGUCACGACGUAGAAACUGAUUGAAUUGUUUACUGAUUUAUUUCGUCAGUCGAGAGGAUGUAGACCAAAAAGCGAGAAGAUCUUUGAACAAGACAGUUUUAAACUGCACGUUUGUUAGGAAAUGGUGGAAUGAAUAAAAUUGUUCUCACACAGAAAA